AUGGCCUCUCCAGGCCCAGCUUUUGCCUCACAGAAGCCUUCCCCAAACAAGGUCCUACCUGCCUCCCAGCAGCCUCAACAGGCCCAGAUCCUGCUUCACACUCAUCUCAUUAGGCCCAGCUCAUACCUCACCGUGACCUGUCCAGGCCCAGCUCCUGCCCCUCGACAGGCUGUCCAUGCCCGAAACUUCCUCAAGUCGGCCUCUCGAGCAUCUCCAGAACCAGAACUUCCUCAAGUGGGCCUCUCCAGGCCCCGCUUUUCCUCCCAGUGGCCUCUGCAGGCCCAGACUGUUGUCAAGUCGGCCUAUCCAGGGUCAGCUCCUGCUUCCCGGCGGCCUCUGCAGGCCCAGGUCGUCCUCAAGUCGGCCUCCCCAGGCCCAGCUCCAGCCUCUUGGCGGCCUCUCCGGGUGCAAAAGUUCCUCGAACCUCCAGUCAGCCUCUCCAGGCCCGGCCUCCUGCCUCUCGAAGGCCUACACAGGCCCAGCCUCUGCCUCACAGCAGACUAUCCACGCCCAUCUAGCCCUCGCCUCACUGCGGCCUCCCCAGUCCAAAGCUCCUGCCUCUUAGCCGCUUCGGCAGGCCCAGCUCCCGCCUGCCAGUGGCCUCUUCAGGCCCAUGGGGCUCAUUCCUCACAAUGGCCUUUCCAGGCCCAGUUUUUCCCUUCCGGCGGCCUCUGCGGGCCCAGAACCUCCUCAAGUUGGCCUCUCCAGACCCACUUGCGGCCUCCUGGCGUCCUCUCUAGGCCCAGUUCUUCCUCCCGGCUGCGUCUCCAGGCCCGACUCCGGCCUCCCAACAACUCUUUGGACUCAGCUCCCGCCCAGCUCCCGGUGGCCCUGGUAGGCCCACAACUUCCUGAAGCCAAGCUCCCCAGGCCCAGCUCAGGCCACACGGUGGCCUCUCCAGGCUCAGCUCCUGCCCUCCGACGGCGUCUCCAGGCUCCAAACGGCGUCCGGUCGGUGGGCUCCUCCUGGCCCAGCUUGGGCCUCCCGGCAACCUCUGCAGGCCCAGGUCGUCCUGAAGUCGGCCUCUCCAGGCCCAGCUCCGGCCUCCCAGCAAGCAAGCUCUUUUGGCUCAGCUCCUGCCCAGCUCCCGCUGGCCUUUGUAGGCCCCGAACUUUCUCCAGCCAAGCUCUUCAGGCCCACCUCCUGCCUCCCGGUGCCUGA